AUGAACACUGGGAAAGCUUACAGUGCCUUUAACAUCAGCAAUGGAACAGAUCUAGCAAUCGGCUUUACCUCUUCCACAGUAGCUGUCCUUCUGUUUGGGACAAACUUUGUGCCUGUUAAGAAAUUUGAUACUGGUGAUGGCAUGUUCUUCCAGUGGAUUCUCUGUGCCUCCAUAUGGCUAGUCUCUUUGGUGGUCAAUUUAAUCCAGAAUUGCCCCCGGUUUUGGCCUCUGGCUAUGGUUGGGGGUUUCGUAUGGGCUACAGGCAAUGUUACAGUUGUUCCUAUUGUUAAAACUGUUGGCUUAGCUCUUGGUCUUUUGAUAUGGGCUUCUUUUAAUUUGCUGACAGGUUGGGCAAGUUCAAGAUUUGGUUGGUUUGGAAUUGACCCAGAAGAGGUAUCAAGACCAAUCUUAAAUUAUCUUGGAGCUGGACUUUCACUAUUAAGUGCUGUCAUAUUUCUUUUUAUAAAACCUGAAGUCCAGAGUUCUUCAUCUUCAUUAGAAAGCACACCUUUACUGAGAGAAAGUUCUAUUAAUGUUUCUGAAGAUACCUCUGAUGACUCAUGGGUGAACAGACUUUCUCCAGCAAAAAAGAGACUCAUAGGUUGUAGCCUGGCUGUAGUAGCUGGAAUACUCUACGGUUCCAGUUUUGUACCAGUGCUUUACAUCAAGGACCAUGGAAGAAGAAAUGAAACUAUAUACACAGGAGCAAGUCAAUUUGAUUUAGAUUAUGUUUUUGCACACUUCAGUGGAAUAUUUCUUACAAGUACCGUCUACUUUUUGAUUUACUGUGCAGUCAGGAAAAAUAAACCUAACGUUUAUCCCCAAGCUAUAUUGCCAGGAUUUGUUUCUGGUGUGCUUUGGGCAAUAGCCAAUUGCUGCUGGUUCAUAGCCAAUCACUAUCUCAGUGCUGUGGUCAGCUUUCCAAUAAUUACUGCAGGUCCUGGCCUUGUUGCUGCAAUGUGGGGAGUCUUUGUAUUUAAGGAAAUCAAGGGACUGAAAAACUACGUGUUACUCUCGGUAGCAUUUUGCAUCAUUUUGACUGGAUCACUCUCCACGGCUUUUUCUAAAGUUUGA